UUCUAAAUCUGUCUGGCGACCAUAAGGCUGUAACUCAGCCCUAGCAGCCUUAGCAGAGUGGUGCAGAAUCUCCAGUCCCCGCGAGUAGCAGAGCAGAGUGGAGUAGAGUAGCCUCCAACGAGACCUCUGGGAUAACGGAGUGUGCGUAGUGUCCAGGAAAUACCUCACAACUUGGGCAAGGACAUGUUAUUGGAAAAGCUGACAAGGGGGCUGCCUGGAGUCUGUCAUGCAGCUUUUUAAGAGGUGCUCAAUCUCCUUUUAUCUGCCUGACACACCCUGAUUUAGUGAGAGAUCACUGAGAGCCCUGAGUGAGAGACAGAGAGAGGGAUAGGAGAAGGAGAACAAGACAGGGGGCGAGAUGACCCAAGAACAGUGCACUCAUAGGAACAAUGUCCAGAGCUCAGAGAAACCACAUGUGUACAAAGUGGGGAUUUAUGGCUGGCGGAAACGUUGCCUUUACUUCUUCGUGCUCCUGUUAAUGAUCCUGAUCCUGGUCAACCUUGCUUUAACCAUCUGGAUACUAAAGGUCAUGAACUUCACCAUUGAUGGUAUGGGAAACUUAAGAAUAACGGAGAAGGGCCUGAAACUGGAGGGGGACUCUGAGUUUCUUCAACCUCUGUAUGCUAAAGAAAUUCAGUCCAGACCAGGCAGCCCACUGUUACUGCAAUCCUCCAAAAAUGUGUCCAUCAAUAUCCUCAAUGGGAAGAAUCAGCUGGUCACACAACUUAUUGCAGGAUCCAGUGGAGUGCGUUCACGAGGAAAGAUGUUGGAAGUGAAAUCUAGCACAGGGAAGCUGCUGUUCUCUGCUGAUGAUCAGGAGGUGGUGGUGGGAGCAGAGAGGCUACGGGUGACAGGUGCCGAGGGAGCUGUGUUCAGCAACUCUGUGGAGACGCCACACGUCAGGGCCGAGCCCUUCAAAGAACUACGACUGGAGUCUCCCACGCGGUCUCUGUACAUGGAGGCCCCUAAAGGAAUCCAGAUCCUAGCAGAGGCAGGGGACAUCCAGGCCACGUGUAGAAGUGACCUACGCCUGGAGUCCAAAGACGGAGAGAUCAAUCUGGACGCACGGAGGAUCAGGCUGCUGCGUCUGCCGGAGGGCAAGGCCUCUCCAUCGGGGACCACCUCCAGACAGACUGUCUAUGAGGUGUGCGUCUGUCCCAAUGGGAAACUCUUCCUCUCACAGGCCGGGACAGGCUCCACCUGCCAGAUCAGCAACAACGUCUGCCUCUAGAACACAUACACACACAAAAAUAUGCACACACACACCGAAACAUUUGCACGCACACACACAAGCACUGAAACAUACACACACAUACAUGUAUACUGAAACACACACAAACGCUGAAACACAUACACAUAAAAAAAUACCGACACACAUGAUGCACAUUGUUAUCAAACCUACACACACACACAGACAGAGACAGAGACAGAGACAGAGAGAGAGAGAGAAAAAAAAUACACACAUACAAAAUACACGCAUACAAAAUACACGCAUACAAAAUACACACAUACACAUACAAAAUACACACAUAGAUCAUACCGACACACAUGAUGCACAUUGUUAUCAAACACACACACAGAGAGAGAGAGACACACAAACACACACACACAGAGAGACACACACACAAAGUGUUCUGUCCCUCCUAACAACCCUCUGGUUGAGAGGAUCCUGAGAGGGAUCCUCCUGCGAUUUACAAAGAGACACUCAGAGUGACAAUGUUCUGUUCGCUGUCCUGAAGACAAUUUCAGUACCAGAAUCACUAGGGUGAUCACCCACAUUUAGAAACCCUGCAAUAUCCUGCCAUUUUACACUCUUUGCUUCAAGUCAUCUACCACACAUGUAGUGACAGAAGGCUCAUUGCUAUUUUGUUCUAUGAUUACAUUUUUCCAGUUUGUUAGCAGUUCUAACAAUAUUGUCUCUUGUUUUGAAACAUGAAGUGUGUGCCAAUAGUGUUUUCUUUUGUGAAUGAUUUUGAUUGUCAAUGUGUCAAGCUUGGUAACACUUGCAUAUCAUGUCAAUUCACGUCAAUGUCGACUUUAUAGAAUCAUGAAGAGAACAACAGCAGCACAGAUUUUUUACCCACACAGCUAAGGGAACAUUAUGGUAAACAUUGAGUAUAUCUCAAUAUAUACCAUAGAGUAUAUACUGUCUAUAUACCAUAAAUACCAUAGAGAGCAUAUCUGCAAAUCUGUGUAUGCGACCAAUAAACUUUGAUUUGAUUUGAUGGAGAUGUGAUGGUCUUCAUAGGUGAUCACCCUACCAUUUCCUCGUACUGGGACUGAACCAUUGUGACCCACUCUGUUCAAAGAGGGGAAAUUGUGCCUGUGCCUUAUAUCAAUGCACUUGUGGCAAGGAGAAGCACAUCACACAGACUUUCUUUUGUUAAUGAGUACAUUCGAUUUUUCCUUUCGGUUAAAUCCGUUUUGUGUGUAGAGGAUGGGAAUGCAAAGAUAUCUCUGAUUCACCCAACUGCAUGCACCCACACCCUCUUUCUCCGUCUUCUUAUCUCAUAUUUUUUCAGUGGUUUAAUCCCUUUUACAAGAAUAUUUGGGCCAACAUAUUGGUAAACACAUGUUUUUUGAGAUAUAAGCGAGAGUCAUUUUUUUAUAUAGUUUAUCUGUAAAUACACAAUCACAUCUGUGUGUGUCAAGGACAUAUCCUCGAUAAAUGGAGGAUAUGCUCUUUUGCAAAUUAAAGCUUUUAUAAUAUCAUGUGUUUUUGUAAAAAAAAAAAAAGAUUGAAUAAGUCAACAUCUUGAUAUUCUACAGGUACGCAUGUAUAGUGUACAAUGUUUGCCUUUUGGGAGAAGUGAUAUUGCUUUUUCGUUAUUUUGGUCCUCUUUGUGUGAACUUCUCACAUGCUGAGCUCAAUAGUACACAUGAAUCCUAGCCCAUUUUGUUUGGCAGUUGGGGGUGAGGUCUUUGCAUUCCCCGUGUGUUGUGUGGAAUUUGUUCUACUAAAGAGCUUUUUUUUGCCUUUUAUCGACUGUGUAUUUGGCUCUACUUGUUCAAUGAUGCUCAGAGUAACCGACACACAAACCAAAAAGUGGAGGGGCCCCUACUAUGACUUGAUACGUAGUCAUCUUGUACAGUACUUGUCCUUAGCUCCCAUACACUGCAAUCCUCCUGAAGCGAUCUGAAGUGAACAGUGUCUGUGUUCAAGUUUAUUAGAGAGAAAAUGGAUGUACUCAAGUCCACUUUGCCUUGCAUCGACAUCCUCUUCCUUUACUCCAUUUCAAUGGGGCUGUUUGCCUCAGCUUAGACCACUCGUUAUUAGUGCAGCAUCCCUGCUGAGGAAAGCAAUACAGUCUUCAGGAGGGUUUUUACCGCUGGGUUUUUACAGCUCUGUCAAUGUUGUGCUACUGUAUAUUCAAGAGAUGUUACGUUUUGUAUUGGCUCUGUAAAAUGUUUUUUUUUCUCCACAUAAAAGCCUUUUAUUAAUUUAGAUUUCAGACGCACACACUGUAAAAUGCCACUGAGUAUUGCUGAUAGUAUAUAAUAAACUAAAUGUCAAGAUGACUGAAGCAUUUCCCCAGGCAUAUUGAACUGAAUUUGGUCAGUUUUAUACAGUUAUUGUUGUCUGAAAAGCAGAUCAGUUGUCCCAAACUACAGCAUUCUUAUAUUUCAGUGUUCUGCACCAUGGAAAAGUUAUGACACAGACACACACAAAGUGUACAAACCUGAGUGUGUCCAGUGCUAAUUGACUAGAUCAGAGGACUGUAUCAACACCACUCAAAUUAAGUUUAACUCCCAUUUUCCUCCUCAUUAUAGACUGUCCAGAGUGUUUGAUGUGUGUUUUGAUUGGUUAGGAACUGGGCAAAUGGCUGCCGUGAGCCUCAUUAGUGAGUAUUUGCUAAGUGCCCGGUCACUGGUUGCCUCUGCCACAACCCCAAUAACAGACUAAGGAUUGCAAAUCAUUAAAAGCAGCCCUAGUCCUCUACUACUCUCCUGUCCACUGCACAUACAUGUCAUUCUGACUCCAGUUAUUAGAUAGUCUCUGUUUGUAAUUCUAAAACAGCGUUUCCAAACCCCAGUCCUCGAGUACCCCCAACAAACUCACCUGAUUCAACUCAUUGAGGGCUUGAUGACUAGUUGACAAGUUGAAUCAGGUGUCCGUGUCCGGGGUUACAACAAAAAUGUGUGCUGUUGAGGGUACUUGAGGACUGGAGUUGGGAAACACUGCUCUAAAAUUUCAGAUGCUUCCAUGUAGGUUGAUUGGACAGUCACUCUCAUGACAGUGCUUCUGCGUACACAAACGAAUAACCAUUAUUAUGGAGGACUUCCUGUAGAAUUAUUCUAAUGAGAGACACUGUUAAUCAUUGCCUUCGUUCAAGUCUGUCUUCUGGCCUACUGAAAGAAGAUAAAUGAUCUUAUAUAGGAUGGGGGACUUUAGAAUCAGAUUUUCCAAAAGUGCUUGAUCAAACACAGUUCACACUUAGCUUCAGAAGGAUUAUCUAAGACCCUUUACAUGUUUUGUGAGAUAAUUUCCCUGCAACUAUAGCAGAAAAGCAACCUCAAAGGUCUCAUAAGGGUCCAUCAUUUGACAAUAGCUACAGUAUGUUUCCUUUAACUGGUCCAAUGAUUUUUGGUCACCAUUUAGAAAGUGACAAUUGCCUGUUAAGGGGCGUUUCUAUUGAACUAUCUUUUAAAAAAGUGUUUCCAUUACCCAUUUAGGAAAAUCACGCAUUAAGAAAUUGGCGACAACCUGUAUGCCCUUCCACCUAUUUGUUUUAUUUCUCAGGUUGCCCGCAAAAGCCAGCAUGGACAGAAUGCAAUAAUGGACUAAUAUUUGCCAUAUUCUAAUGAAAAAUUCUCAUGUGCCAACGUAUCUCCACGGUCCGUGCAAUGGUGAAACUUGCACUCCUGUAGAUCUGAAAUAAUUGGAUGUUGAUACUUGCCAGGCAACCAGAAAAGCAAGGCAAGUAAUUCAGGCAUUCUUGAAAGUCAUAAUUUAUUGGAAAAACACAGUUUCCAUCAUAAUUUUUCCAAUAAAGAAAGUUAGACAAAGAAAAAUACAUCCCUGUCGAACGGAUAACAAUGUGUCAAUCUUUAGAAAAUGUAUCCUAUAUCUGCCAUUUCCAUCAUCACAAUUUCAAAAAAAAAUUUGCGACAUUGUUGAAUAAACCUGGAAAUUGAAACCUUCCUAGUGUCUGUCUGGCAGUGGUACUCUUAUAGACUGAGAGUCACAGACGUCUUGAAACAUACAUAGUUUCUCUGUUAUGACGGGGAUAUAAUUAUAUAUAUUCAAUAGGCUAACCGCCAGUGGCUCAAGACACAGAAUGAUAUAUAUCAGAGAUACCAUUUUACAAAUUUUUUGGGUGUUCUAAACGCUAGCUAUGUGUUGUCUCUCACACCUCUCCAGUUGAACGAGAUCUAAUGAGCUAAAAGCAGGACGUUGAGUGCCAUGUUUAUGAUAUUCUAAUUUGCAAAAUUGUUUUAUGAAUCUUUAAUUCAUUAAAAUGGGUGUAAACACUAAUUGAUUGAAUGACAUAUUUUGCGUGUUUCUGAGAUAUUUAGUUGAAAAAAAAAUCUUAGCUGAGUGUAAGUGCAUUCUUGUGUAAUUUAAUUUGUUUUAGUUCUUAGCUUAACAAAUAUGUGUUAUGUCACGUCUUGAGGCGAUUUUGAACAGCAUUACAUGUGAAAGGAGCACAAAAUGUUGAUGAGGGCAUGAGGACAAAAUGACACUCACAAUCAAUAAUCUUUUCACUUCGUACCUUGCUUUGGGUUUGACAUUAGGGGCCAUUCUCUCGUGUCUGAAAAUAGUGUGCAGCUUGUCAUUUCGAACGAGACAUUGGUUACCUGUCCUCUAUUCAAUCAAAAGAGGAUGCUUAUGUCAUAUUUUAAGAUACAGAUCUGAUAUAACGCUUUCAGGAGUGAUAGCUGUGUCAUCCAUGCUCGAGUAUGAGGUAUUAAUUUAGUUCACAUACAUUUAUUUAGUCCUCUUUGAGAAGAUUCAAUUACGAUUAAAACACAUUUUUGCAAAGGCUGAGAAGUCAUUGUAACGUUUUUUUCUCGUUUUGUGUUUGUUUGUUUUCACUGUGAUGUAAAUGAAGAAGAUCCUCGCACAUUCUAUGCAAAACAAAUGGAUAUAGACAGCAUUGUAAUAAUGCGAAUACGUGUCAGUUAACUAUCUUACAUUUAUUAUACUUUCUGUAUACAGUUUGUAUUUAUGAAUUGAGUUGCAAUCUAAAAUGUAUCAAUAAACUUAUUUAAAAAAUAA